CGAAGAGGUCUCACUCCGGGGGGGGGAUGAUUCGCGUUUUCAGUUUAGACCAGAUUCUUUUAUCAUGUGUCUUUUAUUUGUGUAAAAACUUUAUUAUAUAAUUUAAAUAGAUGUGGUACUGCAGUGUUUCUCAGUAUAUAGUAGCUUAAAUUAGAAAUACUCAAAGUACCUCAAAAAGUACUUUAUUAAAUGUACUUAGUUACUGUCUCUGAGUGAAACCAGCCGCAUAUAUAAAAACCAGCUGCAGCUUUUCAUUAUUAAUUCACCUGAGGAGGAUUCCCUCAUUGAACUGAUGAACUCUUCACUACAGUGACGCUGGAACAAAAUGACUAAAACAACUAAUGAGUUAUUGCAGAUCAGUUUACUGUUGAUUGAUCCUUUCAAUUGAUUGAUCAGUUCCUCUGUUUUAUUAACUCUGAAACUUUGUUUCUAAAUUCGCUAAACGUUUGUGUCACGUGAUAAAAGGUUGAUGACGCUGCAGCUGUAACUUCCUGUAAACUGAGGUUUGGCUUUUUCUCUCAGAGUGAGACCUCCUCCUCAGUACAGGAUCUGUGCAGACCGGGACUCGGAGCUCCUCUGCGGAGGAUCAGGAUGCUCUUCACGUCCUCCUCCUCUUCCUCCUCCUCCUCACCGACACAGACCAUCUGAACCUCCGGAGCCGCCGCUGUCUCCUGAUCCGGAUCGUCCAGAACCGGAUCCGUCUCUGUCCCGGGAUAAUAAAGGCUGGAUUAUGUGAGGGGGAGGGGGGGGCUGUAUGGGAACGAGGCGGGGGCGUUGUGGUUUUUUUAUUUUAUUCUUUUUAUAUUUUAUGUUGGACCCCGUGCGCGUGCAUCAGACCACGAGUUGGUGUUUGUUUACGAGAAAUUACAAAAUAAAAGCCGCAGAUUCUGGAUUUUAAAAUGCGGGAUUUCCUCCUGUUCUGGCUCCUGAGAGAAAAACCAGACCCGAGGAUUCAUGUUGGAUCCUGACUGAACGCGCCAGCAGCAGCACGCGCACAGCUCUGAUUCGACCCGAACCCGCCUCCGUCUUCAUUUACCUGUCGGCUCACCUGUGAGGACACAUGUCUCAGAUCCACCAUGCGGUUCUGGACCAGCAGCAGCAGCCGGGCCAGUACAACCAGAUCUGCACCCGCAGCAGCAGCGGCUCGACCGCCGCCGCCGAGGAGCCGUCCGCCUCCUGCCCCGGACACAGGAGCCGGACCCCCCGCAGGAAGUGGCAGGUGUUCCCGGGGAGGAACCGGUUCUACUGCGACGGGAGGAUCAUGAUGGCGAGACAGACCGGGGUCUUCUACCUGACCCUGGUCCUGAUCCUGCUCACCAGCGGCCUCUUCUUCACCUUUGACUGUCCCUUCCUGGCGUCCAACCUGACCCCGGCCAUCCCGGCGGUCGGCGGCGUCCUCUUCCUCUUCGUCAUGGGGAUGUUGUUCAGGGCGAGUUUCACGGACCCCGGAGUCCUGCCCCGAGCCACGCCGGACGAGGCCGCCGACCUGGAGAGGCAGAUCGAUACUCCUCAGGGCUGCUCCAGACCUCCUCCUCGCACCAGAGAGGUCCUCAUCAACGGACAGACGGUCAAACUCAAAUACUGCUUCACCUGCAAGAUCUUCAGACCACCGCGAACGUCGCACUGCAGCCUCUGUGACAACUGUGUCGAGAGAUUCGACCAUCACUGUCCCUGGGUGGGAAACUGCGUCGGACGGAGGAACUACCGCUUCUUCUACCUGUUCAUCGUCUCGCUCUCCUUCCUUACCAUCUUCAUCUUCGCCUUCGUCAUCACACACGUCAUCCUCAGAUCGAACCAGACAGGUUUCCUGAGCGCACUCAAAGACAGUCCAGCCAGUGUUCUGGAGGUGGUGGUGUGUUUCUUCUCCGUCUGGUCGAUUGUUGGUCUGUCGGGGUUCCACACCUACCUGAUCAGCUCCAACCAGACCACCAACGAAGACAUUAAAGGGUCCUGGUCCACCAAGCGAAGUAAAGAUAACUACAACCCCUACAGCUACGGAAACAUCCUGACCAACUGCUGUGCUGCUCUGUGUGGACCACUGCCUCCCAGUUUGAUUGACAGGAGAGGUCUGAUCCAGUCGGACAUGCCACAGACCACCUCCCAGUCCAACGGGACCAGUACCAGCAGCUACGCCUCCACUCAGCUCCACAGUCACAUGUGUGAUCAGGAUCAAUGUAUCCAAAGCACCAAGUUCGUCCUCCAGGCGGCGGCCACCCCUCUGCUCCACAGUGACCCCGUGGUUCUGGCCCCUCUGCCAGGGAAGACCAGCACCUUGGGGGGCCCCUGCGCCUACCUGGCCCCCACCCAGCCAUCCCUGCCGUCCUGCGGCGGAGACGUCCUGACGCUGAGAGACGCCACCGCUGACUCCCACUGCCACCACCACCUCCACCAUCACCACCAUCACCACCACCAUCACUUUGUCAGCCCAGAGGAGACGCCGUGCACCACACCGCAGGGCGCUCUGCCCUGCCCCGCCCACCUGCACCUCCACCCCCAGCCUCACCCACCAGUCCCCACCCCCGCCGCCCUCUACAACCCCGCCAGUCAGGACGCUCUGCAUGAGGACUCGGUCAGAGGGCUGGUUAAACUCAGCUCCGUCUGAACCAAACUGACCACACGUCUUUCAUUUAACCUCAGUUUGACCUGUGUUUAAGUUGGACCUCUACAUGGGACGUUUCCAGACACAUUUUCAGUUUGUGCAUAAAAAAGUGUUGAUACAAACCAAAGUGAAACAGACGUAGUGAAUGAAUGACAACGUAAAUGAAGCAUGUGACUCGGUGAGGAGACAAAAACAUUUUUACAACUUUUUUUGAUCAUUUUCUGGAAAUUCUGUUAAAAUUUGGAUUGAAACUUGAGAGAUGACAUGACAGAAUCCAUCUGUCAAGGGCAAGUCAAACAGCUAGUUCCUUUUUUUUAAAGAUAUGGUACUAUAUUGCUCUCUGAAAGUUUGAUGAAGAAAAGUAGAAAGUCUCAAAAAUGGAAAGAGUCAAGUUAAAAAACCUGAACCUCCAAACUGCUGCAGACAGCUUCUGUCUUAAUGGCAAAUGUGAAGUUUGGUGGUUUUUAAAACCCUCUGCAGUUCAUUUUGGUUCAUUUCUACUGCCUCUGCAUUCAUUUUUAUCUUUGUUAAACACUUUUUAAACUCUCCAUACCUCGGUAUAUAUUCUUCUCAUUUUGCCAUUUUAACAAAGUAUAGAGCUGCCAGGAACCCAAAAAUAAAUGCAAAAUGACACAGCUGAUAGAAAUGUACAAAUCUUCAGUGAUAAUGACUCACAGUGAGUCGUUUCACUUUUUAUACGCACAAAUACAGCAGGAAAAAUGCUAGAAAUGAAACUAUAGUAGUUUGUGUACAUUUACAAGCAAUUUUAUCUCAACUGGUUUUUGUGCCUUUGUCAUUGAAAGUCUGGCUGUAAAGAACUGUUUUCAACAUUUCUUUUAAAACCAUUUUUAUGGUCAACAGAAGUUUUUAAAAAAGCAUAAAUAUGCUCAUGGACUCCAGAGGGUUUUAAAGAAAAAUGUAACAAAUGUAAACACCGGCAUCAAGGUUUGCAUGAAGUAGAAAGCAUGCAACAAAUCUGAAACUGUAAAUCACAGACUCAAAACAAUAAUUUUGAAAAAAGAAAUAAUCCUAAUCCUUUUUCAAGAUAACCAGUUUCACCAUUUUUUUGUCUGAGGUCAGCCUGCUGAUGGACCAAAGCCAUAUUAUAUCCUCAUUCACUUUCUGCUUCUGUUUAUUUAACCAUGUUUUUUUUUGUUGUUUUUUUUACCUCUCCAGGAUCCUGAUUUUAUCCUGUUGAAGACAAAUUCUGUUUCCUGCUAAGAGCAGUGAACAUUUUAUCCAGAAUAAGCUAGUCCAGUGCCAAAUGGACUGGGACCAAAGUCACGACUGACUGUUUUGGUUGUGAAGUCUGUGGAACAGUUAAGGAUUGACUGUUAUUCUCAGAAGAGCUAACUGACCCCACGUAAAUCUUCAGGUUUUUGUUGGAUUCUGCGGACAAACAGGAAGCAGAAAUCAGAACCGAGUUUCCCAAAAAACGUCUGCAGACCAGAGUUCAUGCUUAAUGGCCGACCAACGAUUUAAGGUGGCAAAGUUUUUCAUCUCAAGUUCAGCUUUUGAUGAACCUGUGGAUUCACAUCACUAACUAGUAUCACAUCUGACAGAGCGAACACUGAGUGAAUGGACAACCAAUGAGUCCAAAAUGGAGGAUGCUAUGUUAGCACAAUAACUGUGUGUUAACAUUUUGUUUUAUUGAAGCUCCUCUGUUGGAGUAUAAAAGACAAUAAGACACAGGAAUCAGUUACUAAACUGUACAAGCUUUUUUUGUCCCUUUAACAACUAAGCUAAGCUAAUGAAGGAGUUUUUUAACUGACCAGUAGCAAACUUAGUUAGCUCAUAGCUUUAUUUUCCCUCUUCAAUAUCUUUUUAUUGAACAAAAUUGUGUACAAUGGGAAAGUAAACAUGUCAAAAGAGAGAAAAUGGAGCCAAACUAUUGUAACUAAGCUAACAGUUAGCUCGCUAGCUAUAGCAGUUCACCUACUACCAUUCAACUGGUCUUUGCAAUUGAGCUUCUGGCUUCAUCUGUUUCUAUUGGACAAGCGAAUGUCACUUUGUGGUAGAGCUGUUCAUACCUGGAUUUAAAACAGGCAACAUUUUGUGGAGAUUUCAGUUUUUUCG